AUGAAAGAUAAUGUAACCAUCCGUAGUAGGAGUAUAUCACGAUCUUUGUCCUUUGCGAAUGAUGAGGAAGUUGACGAGGGAGAACAAGUCAUAGGUGCUCUGGCUGAUAUGCAAACAGAUGAAACACAGGAUGUAGCGUUGCUGGAUCAAGAGGCUUAUGAUGAUGCUGAGGAUGAUCUCUUGGGCGAAGAAUUGAUGGAGUUGAGUGCGGAGGAGAGUAAAGGCGCAGAAGCUGGCGCAAAGGGGAAAAUGGGAAGUAGGAGACAGUCAGCCUGGUCACGAAGCCGGGUUUCCUCCGUCGAGGUUCCCCAAGACUGA